CUCUUUGUGCAAACUUCGACAGAAGAAAAAGAAUAGGAUCCUUGUAGUAGUGAUGAGCUAGCGAGUAUUUGGCCGUUCGAGACGAGUAAGGGUAUUAAAUUUGUUUUUUCAAAUAUUUUGAAUUAAGUCAUUUAUUACAGAACAGUAGUCAGUGACGUCGAGAGACGUUGAAUUUGGUGUGUGUAUUACGGUAUUUAUUUCCUAUCAGCAUCUGAAGCUAACUCCGGUGUGAGUAAAUAAAGAAGCUAUCAGCAGAUAAAGCUACAUCACUGCUACUGAUAUGUGUUGGUAAACCUCAAAUGUUGUCAUCAGUAUGGAAGAGGAGGAGAUCGAGUUGAGCACGGAUGAACUCAGAAAUUGGAUCAGAGCAAAGAUCGAGACGUGUGGGUUGAUUUCACCGGAUCUGCAGAAGAAGUGCCAGGUGCUGCAGUCGCUGCUGGAGAAGAGGGAGAGACAGGCUGCCAGACUACUGCAGCUGAGCAAAUCAGUGAUGGCAUGCGAGGCAGUUGUGAAGAAGCAGUACUCCUUGUUGGGACUGGAAUACACAGAUACAGAUGAUGAUGAUGACGACAGUAAUGAAACCAUCUGUGAACACAGACCUUCAACCUCAUAUCAACACAUUUUACCUGCUGCCUGUGGCCACACGUCCCAGUAUCCAAGUCAACGCCACAGUGAGAUGGAGGAUGAGGCUCAGAACAACAACCAAGAAAUGUCAAAGCUCAACAUGAGACCGGUGGUGUCAAUGGUCAGACUGACUGAACGCCAGAUCCAUUCCUUCUGUUCUUCAUACUCUGGAACGGGUGACAAUGACACAUUAGGGCUUUCACAUUUGGAUGAAGACUGGGAACCGUCAGAGAAUGUUUGUGAUUCUGAAACUCACAUGUCAGGAUUUAAGACUCUUCCUAAAAAGAAGAUAAAAUUAGAGCAAAUGUCAGGAAAGGAAAAGAAAUCUGAAAGCCUUGGAACACAAAAAGCCAUUCAGUCUGUUAGCAGAGCUGCAGGGAUAGAAGUAUUCAACACCAGUGUGCCACACAGUGCUGUGACCAGUGAACCUGGAAAUACUGAAGCCACAGAAAGAGCAACUGACGAGACCACAGCGUCCAGCCACCAAGCUGCUGUAACUGACACAGAAACAUCUACUGAAAUCGCUACUACCAGUGUGAAAGACCAAGCUCUGGAAAAACCAACAAACAAACCUGCUCCUACUGUCACCGUGGAGGCCACCAACUAUUCUGCUAAUGACCAACCUAUUGUGCCGCCACACGGGGUCGCUGUGGAAAUGAAUGUCAUUGCCAGAAGGAAGGGUCUGAUCUGGCAAAGAGGCAAACUGUUGGAAAUCAUAAUAAAAGAAGAUUCCAGGACAAAAUACAAGGUCCAGUUUGAAGACAGGGGAAAGAUGCUUUUGUCUGGUCACCAUAUCGCCUAUGACCACAAUCCUCGGGGGGAGAAGCUGUCAGUCGGUGCCCGUGUGGUCAUCAGCUCCAAGUGUGAGAGCCCCAUCUACUGUCCUGGGGUUUUAGUAGAGGUACCCAGCAGGAAAAACCGAAUGAGGUUCCUGGUUUUUAUUGAUGAUCACACUCCAGUCUAUGUUGGCCUGCCACGUUUAUACCUGGUGUGUCAACCAUUGACAGACCCGUUUGGGGAUGUUGUACAUUCCGCUCACAGAGAGUUCCUAGAGGAAUACUUGAAGAGUUGGCCGAACCCUCUUCAAACCCAUUUUGAAAAGGGAAGGCUCAUCAGGGCAGAGUUUGAAGGCGAGAUGCAGAAAUGUGAGGUGCUGGAAGUCGAUUGCAGUUUAAUAUAUGUGAUUUUUGAGAAAGAUCAACACAAGGAGUGGAUCUACAGAGGCUCAAUGCGGCUGGAACACUUCAUUAAUAUGAGGAACCAGGUGGAUUGGGAAAAAAGGAAACGAUGUAGAAGUUUAAAUCUACCUGACACAGAUUCAUGAAGCUUUUGGAUUGUGGACAUGUUACAAACCCUUUCAGGAGAUGUGAAUAGAACUAUGUAUGGAGAAUCUGACUGUAAUAAAAUCAACCAAACCAAA